AUGGACGCCCUAGCCGGAUCCGAAAUCGACAAGCUGCCCUUCUUCUUCACCACCCUCUACGAGAAAGAGGCGCUGAAGCUCAAGGAAGGCCAGUCCGAAGACUGGCUCGACGACGACCUGCGCUCCGGCGCACUCGCCCAGGGCCUCUGCGACAUCGACUUCGAGCUCCCCAAUGCGCCAGACGUCCUGGGCGCUGCGGCCUCUCCGCUGCGACGCUCGUCCGUGUCGGGCAACACGCAGGCCUCGUGCUCGACCGACAUCACCACCCCGGACUCGCCAGCCUCGAACGACGACCGUGACCGCAGUUUCGCCGCCUCGCCGCCUCAGCGACGCUCCAUGUCUGCGGCCCCGCACCCCGGCACCUAUUCACGCCACUCGACCUCGAGUCUGGCCUCGUACCGGAACCCGAAGCCCAGUGCCGACGACCAAGGUCUGCGCAGCCCGCCUAAGCAUUCAUACUCAUCCAUACACCGUCUCGGCGACGUGACGGGCCGCAUUACUUACAAGCAUCCCCGCGUGAAAGAGGAUUCCGUUACCGAAUUCGAUGCCGAGUCGGCCUUAUUGCCGGAGCAUUCCAGGGCAUCCAGCCCAGACUCGGUCAUCUCUCACCACCCGCACGUUUCCGCCACCAUGACCUCCACCCAGCGUGCCGCCUUGAACCUGGCCCUGGAAAACGCGCAGUUUCGUGAUCUGUGGCAAGAAUACAGCAAAACAUGGGAGCGCAUAAUCACGUUCGAGGUGAAGCAGAAGCUGCUGUUUCAAUUCUGGGAAAAGUUCUCUCGCAGGUCGCUCUACGGCCAGUUUGCGGUGCUGAAGGACCGGCUCGUGGCCAAGCAUUCGCAAGAGUCUGAGCGUCUGGAUGAGAAGCAACUAAAGGCAGAGUACGCUCUCGAGCAAGCCCACCGUGAAGAGAGGGCACGUUCAGCGGCUGCGCUAAAGCACAUGAAGGCUUAUUGUAGCGGGUCGUCCGUUCCUGGUUCCACAAAGAGGCGGAUAGUCACCGAGGAUGACAAGCGACGCCUCAGGGAGCAGGAAAAACUGCACGACGAGCUGGACAGCAAACACGAAGCUGCGAUGAAGAUGACCCGGGCCCGGCAAGAGAAGGACGUAAAAGAGCUCAAACAUGAACACGAGCAAGAAAUCAAGGAACUCGAGAAGAAGUACAAGGAAGCGCGCGUCCUAUCACGGAAAACCACCCAGGACGUUUCCCAUCAGCUGGACGACGUAAUCCGAGGGCGCAGGCUCCGAGUGGUUCAACGCUGGUUCAUUAACCUUAAGCUAUGGGAUAGGGCCACCAGCGAUCAUGACGACGUACCCGCCUACACCGAUCUUCCCGUUGUCCCUUGGCCCGAUAAGACAGUUGUGGAAACCAUGACUUCGCGAACCUACAGUGUCUUGGAUACCUGGCAUACUUUCAAUGACCUCCCGCCCGCUGUCUCUCUUCACGUACCAGUCAUUUCCGAAAGCGAUUGA